AAAAAAGGACAUGGCAGAUCUAGAUAAAAAGACGUUAAUGGUUGCGAAAUUGCAUGACCGACGCGCCGAUAAGGAACUGAUGGCGAUCUUACUACUAAAUCAGGUAUGUGAUAUGAAAAACAAAUGGUUUUUUUGUGUUAUGAAAUUUUAAUUACCCACAUUUCAACAGGCGGAAAAUAUGAUGAAAAACAAAUUCUCCUGGGAGCCUGAGGUGAUAGCAUCUUGCAUUAUUCUUCAUGUUAGAUCCCCAGGGAUAUACAAGUACAUCUGCCGGAGUAAACUUAUGUUUCUCCCGUGUGUCUCCACUUUAAGGAGCUAUAUAGGCAAAUCUACUACCGGAGAUGUCGGCUUUCCUCCACUUGCCGAAAAAAGACUGAAAUCGUUGGCCAUUAACCUAAGGGAACAGGAAAAAGAAGUCAGUAUAGAAGUUGAUGAAAUGUCGCUAGAUCCAAAAAUGAAGAAAAUCAUGCAAUGGGACAGAAUUGUCGGACAAGUUAACAGUGGUGGUGUUCUGGUAAUUCAAGAUGGAAAACCUAUUCUAGAUAACCGUCUAUUGGCCUUUCACAUGACUGGACUUUCGACGGCUUUCAAAUGUCCUGUAGCUUACUUUUUUGUACGGCAACUAACAGCUAAGGAUCCUUUUAAGCUAACCGAAUUUGUUCUUGAAGAUGUGGAAAAAUAUGGAUUUAAUGUUGCGAGGAUUGUUGGCAACAACGCCUCUACCAACGUAAAGAUGUUUCGAAUGUGGAGCCCUAAUGGCAAUCUCGUCCCAUUCAUUGUUAUUUGAUUUUGAUUGUUAUUUUUCAGUUUUGACUACACACACAUAUUGAAAAAUAUA